ACACUUUGAUAUUCCCCCAACAGCACCAAUAGCCCACACUCCAUUACUCAAUUACAAGAGUCUGGAACGCGUACGACUUACAGUCAAAAGUCGGAAGUGUGUCCACCGUGCGCCACACGCGAGUAACGAGCGUCAACGUCGAGCAUCGAACAGCAUCGCUUGGCCCCUAGUCGACCUCGACUUACUUCCAAAAAGGUCCUCAAGGAUGAAGAGCAGAGGGGGCACAGGUCCUAAAAAGGCAACGGGAACACACGCAUUAAGCACACUCGUCGCACACGAGCAAUGUUCCCACAGGAUCAUAACUGGCUGGCUACAAAAAGUCGGCCAACAAGUGCAAGACGAGCGAGCAGCAGGGAAAUGGAAUACCAAUGCACAACAAACAGGAAGUGCUUCUCUCUCUCUCGCUGCUGCUCCGCCUAAGUGAAACGCCCCAGCUGAAAUGCUCUUCUGCUAUUCUGGGUCUGGCGUUCCCACGCCAAUGGACACAACUGAGAUGGCAAGAUGAGUGUGCAGUUCAUUAUCCUUUCGCUCGCCCAUACACGAGCAUUCUUAGGCAAAUCAUAACACAAAUCUAGAAAUGGCAGCUGCGCCACAACUGCAAAAAAAAAUAAUAUUCCCAUGGCAAGGGCAGCGUUCCGUUGCUCAUUGAGCAGGUGAGCUCAGAAUAUUGGUGUGAGAAACCAAGGAGGAAAGUGUUUCCCACGAUACUGGCAAACAUAAGCACACACACACACACACAAAGGUAACGAUCCUGUGAUCCUGCUCCCUGCAAUGCUGAUGAUAAGGGUGCCAACAAUAAGAAAGCGAAACGAACAAUAAGAAACAGCGGAAGGGUCGAGCCAACGUCCUCAAGCAAGCAACCAACAACCCUCAUGCCAGCACACGCUGCACACGAAAUGCCAGCACACUGGAACCCGAGAGCCCAGCGACGACGAACCCAACAACCCGAGAGAACGAAGCACAUUUGGGGGUUGUUUUUCGACUGGUUUCGUAUAAAAAGGCAACGGCCACUCGUCCAGACCAUACACAACGUCUUACACACUCGGAGCAGCAACAGCUCGCAGCACAAGAAAUACACAAAAAAUAUCCUUACAAAAUGUCUUCAAUGCAAGUAUCGGAAAUGUCGAAGACGUAUCAGUACCGCAAAGUGAUGAAACCAUUGCUAGAACGCAAGCGCCGUGCACGCAUUAACAAGUGCCUCGACGAACUCAAGGAUCUGAUGGUUGCCACCUUGGAGUCGGAAGGCGAACAUGUUACACGCUUGGAGAAGGCCGACAUUCUCGAGUUGACCGUCACACAUCUGCAGAAGAUGAAGCAACAGCGCAAACACAAACGCGCCAAUGGUGGAGACGACACACUGACACCAGCUGAGGGAUUCCGCUCUGGCUACAUUCAUGCUGUCAACGAGGUCUCCCGUUCACUGUCUCAACUGCCUGGUAUGAAUGUCAGCCUGGGCACACAGUUGAUGACACAUUUGGGACAACGACUCAAUCAACUGCAGCCUGCCGUCAAAGAGGUGCUGCCAGUGACAUCGCCACUAACCGUGCACAUUGCCAGCCGUGAUGCCUACUCAGUGCCCAUCUCGCCCAUCUCCAGCUACGCCGGCAGCCCCAACUCCAGUGUGGCCAGCGAACAUCUGCUAACCACUUGCUCCAGCAGCCUCAGCAUUGAUGUUAGCAAAACUGAGGAGGUGGUCGACAGCGAGGAUGAGGAGAAUGUGUGGCGCCCUUGGUAGAAGGAGAAAAAAAGGAGAGAGCAUUAAUGAUAGCAAAAGUCUUCCAAGUCAAUGGGUCAAUUACUGAUUCCAUUGACUACCACUUAGUUUUAAGUUGAUCUAAGCAAGAGAACACAAAAAAAGCUUUAAACCGAGGCACAGUUCAUGUGAUAAAUACGAUUAAUAAAUUAAAUUAUAUAGCAAAAAAUUG